GAACAUGUCUCUGGCUCUGGGAGCAUCUGCCAGCCUGCAGUCCACAAAAAUGAAAAAAGACGAAUCCUUCCUGGGGAAGUUAGGAGGAACCCUGGCCAGGAAGAAGAAAUCCAAAGAAGUGAGUGAUCUCCAUGAGGAGGGGAAGAAUGCUAUAAAUGCACCACUGCUUCCAGCAGGGACAGAAAUCCAUCCAGAAGAUACUUUGCUCGAGAAGUUGUCGGGCCGGAAGCUGAACGUGGCGGAGGUUACCCAGUCAGAGAUCGGACAGAAGCAGAAGCUUCAGACCGUUUUGGAGGCUGUCAACCGUCUGCUGAGGCCUCACGGCUGGAGCAUUGAGUGGAGCGUGGACACUAUCCAUUCAAAGAACCUGGUGGCAAUCGUUUACCUUCUGGUUGCUCUUGCCAUCCACUUCCAGGCCCCCAUCAGAUUACCUGAGCAUGUCUCUGUCCAGCUGGUGGUAGUCAAGAAGAAAGAAGGAAUCCUGCACACUGCUCUAGUGACCAAGGAGCUGACGAGCACCACAGAGAUGAUGCUGGGACGAUUUGAGAGGGAUGCAUUUGACACUUUGUUGGAUCACGCUCCUGAAAAGCUCAAUGUUGUCAAAUCGUCACUUAUCACCUUUGUGAACAAACACCUAAACAAGCUGAACUUGGAGGUUACUGAGCUGGAAUCUCAGUUUGCAGAUGGAGUGUACUUAAUUUUACUGAUGGGGCUGCUGGAGGAUUAUUUUGUACCUCUGUACAACUUUUUCCUGACUCCUGAGAGCUUUGAGCAGAAGGUUCACAAUGUAGUGUUUGCCUUUGAACUGAUGCAGGACGGAGGCCUGAAAAAACCAAAAGCAAGGCCAGAAGAUGUUGUCAACCUAAACCUGAAGUCCACUCUCAGAGUCCUUUACAACCUGUUCACCAACUACAAAAACUCUGACUGACUGUGAUGAGGCUUCAGCUGAUAUGUGAAUGCUGCCCUAUGCCUGCUGACAUCAUUACAGUCUGGACACUGAAAAAGACCACUUGGGACUGGAACACAUCGUUAUGUGCAGCCUAAAAAGACUCCCGGGGGAGGAGAGAAA